GAGAACUUAUUACCAAAAGCUACACAAACAAUCUCACAGAGAUGUAAGCAAAACUGGUUAUUAGAGCCCUUAAUCCAACUUCAAUGCAAUCAAUGGUCCUACUUAGCUUUUUCACCAUUCUGAGACCAACUAUAUCUUUUGAGCUGAUUACUUUAAACGACCAAAAAAAUUGUGACACAAAAGACGUGCUUGUACAUCUUCCCCAGCGCCUAAUUAUUUGAACUUCGACCAAAACUGUACGAUUUAUAAAUCAAGUUCAUAAUAUAUGAUUCGUUAAGAAUGUCGAGCCAUCAAUACAACCUCCCAAAUCAUCAUACUAAUGAUGAUUCAUUAACUACUUUUUCAAUCAAUGAUCCCCAAAAAACAAUAGGUGGUGUUGUUGAAGACUUAAAUGUUGAAGAGAACCCAAUUUCAAAUAUUGAUGAUGUUGUUGAAGACUUAAAUGUUGAAGAGAAUCAGGACCAUCAUCGUUCUUUCACCAUUGGUCAAAGACUAAACUAUCAUUACAUCCCAUUGUUGCUCUUUGGUACUUCAAUUGUCUUAUUACUGGUACCUUCCACUCAAGGCUACGGGCUGUCAAUGCUGUGCGAGAGUCUGGUAAGGUACCUUAUAAGAGGACUAGAAGGCCGAAUCAGCGAAAUCCCAAGGAAUUAUCCAAGAAAUGUUGUUGAUGUAAUUAACUAUGAGUACAUACCAUCAGUUACUACAACUGUCUUUAUAUUUUUACUAUAUAACUACGUUUUUGGAGGUAAAUAUAAAUCAUGA